AUGAUUCAUGGGACUAUAUCGCAUGUGAGAGGUUGUAGCAACCCUGACUGUCCGUCACACUCUCGGUUAAAUCAAGGAAUUGAAUUGGAACUUCAAUACACAGACAAAAAACAUGAUAUAGAAUUAAAAGUAAAUGUUAAUAGUCUACUGGCAAUUACCAUUCGUGAUAUUACACAAGAUCUAUUAAAAAUCCUUUACCUCGAUGAUAUUCCUCUAGAAGAGGUUCGUCUUGUUGGAUUUAGGUGUAAGAAGGACUGUUAUCCAUUGGAUGUAAUCAACACAUCGAAGACACUACGAGAGUUAAACGUGACCAACGAUUGUAUACUUUAUUUUGAACCAACACUUAAUGCAGCUCCACCGAAGAAAUGUCAAUCGUCAAUUAUUGGACCAGAUGACAAGGAAACUGUUAUAUUUCAGUGGUACAGAGCAAAAACAACACUGGCUAUGCUUCUUAAAUAUGUUAUCGAAAAAUUUUCAUUACAUUUGGUGGAACGCCAACGAAUUCAUCUGUUAACGAUUUGCAAUGAACUCAACUUGCUCUCUGAUUCUUAUAAACGAUUAAGUGAAUUAGGUGUUAGUGAUCGAAUGGCGAUUUAUGUUCAGAUCAUUCCACCACUUCCAUUGACCAUUGAAAAUCACAAAAAAGAUGUUCAUGUUCAAUGCACUAAUGGUAAUAAUAACUUUGUUAUACACGUACCGAAUACAGAAACAAUUGGUGAAUUAAAAAAUAAAAUUCAGAAACGAUAUGGCGAUGAACAUAUUACUAAGUUCCAAUUGUUAAAUGAAGCAAAAGAAGAGAUUCACUCGAAUGAUUCUGAUCGAAUUUUAAAAUCGUUCGGCAUUAAACCUGAUCAAACCAUUUUUGCUAAUUUUCAUCUGGCUACCAGAAACACUCAGUCAGCUAUUGUAAAUAAUGAAAGCAAAACAUCUAAACAAUCAUUUUCAUCAUCGACUACGAAAAAUAAUUAUGAUAAGGUCACUGUCAUUUGUAGAUUUCCGUCGGACAAUCCUGAAAAAAUAGAAGCAUCAGUGAGAGAUACUGUUGAUCAACUGAUUAAAGAAAUAUACAGUUUAAAAAAACAUAAACGAUUAGUAUUAUCUGAAAUAUCUUCAGGAAAAACUGUUUUCAAGGUCCAAAAAGGUAACGAAACAUCCCGAUGUUUAGCCGAUAUAGGAUUCAAACCGGGCGACAUUAUCGAUGCCAUCAUAAUAGAUAAACCUCCUACUCAUUCAUCGAUUGUAAGCACAGAAUCCUCUCCAUUACUCAAGAAAGAUAAACGACCGAAAACUAAUCGCAUCAGCAAAAAACCUAUUGGUUUGGAUAAUCUUGGCAAUUCAUGCUAUAUGAACAGUGCAAUUCAAUGUCUCGCUCAUAUACCACCAUUAACUAAUUUCUUUUUGGAGGGUAUUCGUCAUACUUAUAUGGACGAUGGUGAACAUACAGAUAAUGAUUGGAAUCCAUACGAUGAAGUAGGCGAUGUAACGGGAGCAUAUGUUGAUUUACUUUGGAAUUUACGGAAAUUUGAUGAUAACGAUUGUAGUUACGAUUCAUUUAAACCUACUCGUAUUAAAGACAUAAUUGGUAAGAAGGAACCACGUUUUUCUACAACUGAUCAGCAAGAUGCUCAAGAAUUUAUGACUUUCGUUCUCGAUGCUAUACACAGAGAAUUAAAAGAAAAAAAUAAACAUGGGAAAAAUACUAUAAUAAAACAACUCUUUUUUGGAGAAAUAAAAUCGACUAUAACAUGUACUACAUGUAAUAAAGAAGAAUCAACCAAAAAUCCUAUCAGUUUUUUGUCAAUACCACUCAAUCGACAAGAACGAGUUUUUUGGAUUAAUUAUAUUGCAAAAACAGGAAAGGAUGAAAUAUCUAUGGUGUACGUGCCUAUCAGUGGUCAAGUUGGGCAUAUUGUAGAACAAUUCGUUAAAUCUUGUAAACGACCUGAACUCUUUCACUAUAUACUCGCUAUGUUACCCGAUGGUGAACUGAACUUUAAAACACCAGUUAGUGAGAUACUUCAUGACGAAAUUAUAUUAAUGGAACGAGACGAACAUUUAGAUAAUGCUCUACCUGAACGCUUGGAAAUAUCUACGAAAACAUUGACACUUGACGAUUGUCUUGAGCAAUUUUUUUCGUCAGAAACACUCGAAGAUGAAUGGACUUGCCAACAAGAAAAAUGUAAAAAGAAGACGGCAGCUACUAAACAACUUAAACUUUGCACGCUUCCACCUGUAUUAGUUAUUCAAUUCAAAAGAUUUUCGCAUGAAAACGGUUUACAUCAAAAAAUCGAAACAUUUGUUGAUUAUCCCAUAGAAAAACUAAAUUUAAGUGAGUUCUUACCAUCUUCCGAGAAAGAAGCUAUUUAUGAUUUAAUCGCAACUUGUAAUCAUAUGGGAUCGAUUUCUGGAGGUCAUUAUACAGCGUAUGCUAAGCAUCUUAUAUUGAAUAGAAAUGAUUGGUAUAGAUUCGAUGAUUCGAGUGUAACACGUGUAAGACUUGAUGAUUUGAAAGAUGAAAUUGUAUCGCGAGAUGCUUAUCUUCUAUUUUACAUUAGAAGAGAUAUAUUAAAUCCAGUAACAACGGUGUAA